UGCGUCCCUGUUAUGUGUGCCAUGGUCUCAACCCAACAGUGUUGACAAUAGGGUGAAAAGAAAGAUUCCCGAAUCAUAAACGAGCUGAAGAAAACGUCUAACUCCAGGGGUUUGGGGAAGACAAGCAAGUGAAUCAGUAACAGGAAUGUAACUGCGUAAAUCUAAUCGUUUUAUAUAGCUGUACUGUGUCAUUAAUGGGAGUUUAGGGAUUAUUCCUUUGGAAAGAAAAACGGUACUCGUGGGUUUGGCUGUUUCAGGCCAACAUUUUCCUGCUGUUCCGCCGCUGCUUGGGAAACGCCGUUUGCACCGAGGUGGAGGUAGCCUAACAGUUAGCCCGGUAGAUUUCCUAACACAGGAUAACUCCUCGCCGUCGUCUCCGUUGCGAAUCGCAGAGGAUCAAGGUAAAGUACUACGACUGAAGAGUUAACAGCCACACGGUCGGCUGCAGCUUGUCGGGCUCGGGUCCGGACUCGGGACGGUGUGUUUCCCAGCCCAAGUCGGUCUGUCAUUCUGUGAGCGCUAGCUAACAGUAGCAGCAUUAGCACUGCCCCUGUAUUUACAUCUGGGAUGAUGGGUGAUCGCCCAAGCCCGCCCAGGGCUAUGUCCUCGGCCGCCGCCACAUCUCCAUCUGUGGACAAAGUGGAUGGAUUUUCACGGAAGUCUGUCAGGAAGGCCAAGCAGAAGCGGUCGCAGAGUUCGUCCCAGUUCCGCUCUCAGGGCAAACCCAUAGAGCUCACCCCCUUGCCACUGCUCAAGGACGUACCAGCGUCGGAGCAGCCGGAGCUGUUCCUGAAGAAGCUACAGCAGUGCUGUACUAUCUUUGACUUCAUGGACACACUGUCAGACCUCAAGAUGAAGGAGUACAAGCGCUCCACACUCAAUGAGCUGGUGGACUACGUGACCGUCAGCCGGGGCUACCUGACAGAACAGGCCUACCCCGAGGUCGUCAAAAUGGUGUCUCACAACAUAUUCCGGACCCUUCCGCCCAGUGACAGUAAUGAGUUUGACCCUGAGGAGGACGAGCCCACUCUCGAGGCCUCCUGGCCUCACUUACAGUUGGUAUACGAGUUCUUCAUCCGGUUCUUGGAGAGUCAGGAAUUCCAGCCCAGCAUUGCCAAAAAGUACAUAGACCAGAAGUUUGUCCUACAGCUCUUGGAGUUGUUCGAUAGUGAGGAUCCUCGGGAGAGGGACUACCUGAAGACAGUCUUGCAUAGAAUCUACGGCAAAUUCCUGGGGCUGAGGGCUUUUAUACGAAAACAGAUCAAUAAUAUUUUUCUACGUUUUGUUUAUGAGACGGAGCACUUCAACGGGGUGGCCGAGUUGCUGGAGAUCCUGGGGAGUAUAAUCAACGGUUUUGCUCUGCCACUGAAAGCUGAACACAAACAGUUUCUGGUCAAAGUGUUGAUCCCCCUCCACACUGUCAGGAGUCUGUCCCUUUUCCACGCGCAGUUGGCGUAUUGCAUUGUACAGUUCCUAGAGAAAGACCCAACAUUAACAGAACCAGUCAUCAGAGGAUUACUGAAGUUCUGGCCAAAAACCUGCAGUCAAAAAGAGGUGAUGUUUCUAGGGGAGCUGGAGGAGAUCCUGGACGUCAUCGAGCCCACACAGUUCGUCAAGAUCCAGGAGCCGCUCUUCAAACAGAUCUCCAGAUGUGUCUCCAGCCCACAUUUCCAGGUGGCAGAGCGAGCUCUGUACUACUGGAACAACGAGUACAUCAUGAGUUUGAUUGAGGAGAAUUCCAGCGUCAUCCUGCCCAUCAUGUUUACCAGCCUCUACAGGAUCUCCAAAGAGCACUGGAACCCGGCCAUCGUGGCGCUGGUGUACAACGUACUGAAGGCCUUCAUGGAGAUGAACAGUACCUUAUUUGAUGAACUCACAGCCACUUACAAGUCGGACCGCCAGCGUGAGAAGAAGAAGGAGAAGGACCGGGAGGAGCUGUGGAAGAAGCUGCAGGACUUGGAGCUGAAGCGGGGCCUUAGGAGUGACGGGAUCAUCCCGACUUAACGAAGACCGUGCCGCGCCCACCUCCCCCUCCCACCUCUCUUCCUCUGAUGCCCCCUUCCCUCCAUCCCGACCCCGACCCCCACUCCCACCCCCCUGCACAUCAGCCAUGUCUGCCCCGAGCCC